UUUUGUUUGAAGAAAAAAAAAUCAUGUGUUUGGGUAUCAAGAACAGCUGAUGUUCCAAGUGUUGCCAUCGUACAUUCAUAUCGUCGUCUCAAGUCUUUUUUCCGACGAACUACUCAGUACUCGCGUAGGUAAAACCACAGAUCACAUUUAUCCAAUUAUCUCAGUAAAAGCCAAAAAGGCGAACAAUCUAACGAAGAGAGUUGAUGGUGGCAUUGGCAUGAUCUGUCGUCCAACACGCAUACACAGUCGUCAGAUCGAAGAAUCGAAUCGCACUCAUCCUCGCGCGACGACCUCGUUCAGCAGCUGGCCGUACUCCGUAACGUUGGCCAACCUUUGUCGCCCCAUACCUUUGUUAUCUGGUUCUGGGAUAUUGAUAAUCGAAUUGUCGUAAUUCAUAUAAUAAUAAUAUUAUAUGAUUAUGCUCGUUGUGAUGCUAUUAUAUACACACAUCAUAUUGCAUUAUACAUUAUUAUUAUUAUACACGCAUUACACACACGAAGCGUAUAAAGGAGGAAUCUAAAAUUAAUUUUUCUGGCUUGUUUUAAUAUUUAAUAUAUCAUUUUUCUCCAUUUGUAUUUCGUUGUUUGUUUUACUCAUUGACGACGGUGACAACGACGACGACGACGAUUAACGACAACGACUUCAGCGAAGAAUAGUGGAUACUCCUUUUUGGUUCAGACCUUUUGCCGCCCCGUCUUUUUUUUUUUUUGUCACUUUUUUGUUUUUCAAACGUAUUGCGUUCGUAGAACUAUGUCGCUGAGAUCGAAGACGGUGUGCGAAAUAUGCGGUGAAUCGUUUUUGACCGAAAACAAACUGUCCAACCAUAUAACUGAACGACAUGUCCACUCGUCUACGAGCCCAUCGCCGAGUGUUGGUUCAUCGUCUAAACGUCGAAAACUAGACGCCGAUUCUGACGUCAGGUGUCCGCUCUGCGACUAUGUAGACCUAGACACCGACCGUUUACAGCAACACGUUAAUCGAAUGCACUUUGAUCCCGGCAGUCCCCAGCGUCUGGGUACUGUAGACUUCCCUUGUCCGAUAUGCCCACUGGCUUUUGAUCACUGUGAUAAUCUUGAAACUCACAUAAACGAAGAACACCAUGAUAUCGUUAGCCCUCAAACGGAUUGUGAUAGUCAAAGGAUACCGUUGUUAGAAAAUAUCAAUGAAGGUUGUGUGAUUUGUGGAAUGAAAAAUUUUGAUAGUUUAAGAGAUUUGGACGCACACAUUGAGCAACAUUACCGAGGUUCAACACCACCUACCCAAGACCAUUUACCCAAUCAUGAUCAGCUUUUGGCAAAACAAUUGGAAAAACAAGAACGUGAACGUAUGAAACAGAAAGAACAAGAAGAUUUUCAAAAAUUGCAAUCUGCUUAUGGCAUGGACAACAAAGGGAAUUAUAAUCAACAAACUAUGACUAACUUACAAGAAGCUGUAUCCAGUGGCCAAUUAACUGUUUAUGAUUAUUAUGAAAAAAUAUAUGAAAUUAAAAUGGCUGAAAGUAAAGGACUUGAUACUGGCGAAUCGGCUACUAGAGACUUGAUUGAGUACAUACGUCACUUCAGUGCAUCAUCACCAAAUGUAAUAGAAUUACAUUUGGCUUCUCCAACUGAUCACUAUAGAUCAACUUAUGGUGACAGAGGUUGGGGAUGUGGAUAUAGGAAUAUGCAAAUGUUGAUGUCCAGUAUGCUUUUACAAAUGGAUUAUAAUGAACAUAUCUCAAGAGUAUGGGAAGUUGAGAAAGGACCUCUACCACGGGCAUGGAUGCCAUCUAUAUCAAGAUUACAGCAACAUUUAGAGAAAUCAUGGAGCAUGGGUAUUGAUGAACCUGGUAGAGAACAAUUAGGUGGUACUGUGUACAACACGAAAAAAUGGAUCGGAGCCACUGAAGUUGUUACUAUGCUAACAGCUUUGAAAAUUAAAACAUUAUUAAUAGACUUUCGAAAACCAACUGGUUCGAAAAAUACUCAUCCAGAAAUGUUUCAUUGGUUGUAUGAACAUUUUAGCAAUAGAAAAAAACAAUUUAUUCCUCCGGUUUAUAUACAGCAUGAAGGUCAUAGUCGAACUGUAGUUGGUGUUGAAAAACUAUCUGAUGGUACAAUUUUAUUAUUAGUAUUAGAUCCAAGUGGUCAUUACGAUAAAUUAAGAACAGAAGCUGGGAUGACAACUAUGUCACACAUAAGAAAAUCUAUGUAUACAUUCAAAGCAAAGGAGUAUCAACUAGUCACAGUCAGUGGCAUAAUCACAAGUGAUUCAGAAUUUGAAAGCGGCAAAACAAUUAAAUCUACUCGUGGUUCAUAACAACUACCAAGAAGCUGAAAUUGGUUUUGCAGAGCUUAAAAAUUUUGUUUAUAUUUUCAUUUUCCUUUUUAUACAUUCUAAAUUCUGUAAAAUAAAAUUAUAGCCCAAAUGUUAACUAUAAUGUUUAACACUUAGAAUGUCUUAAUAUCUCCAUUACAAGUUACUUUAUUUAAUGUUUAUAAUAUAAUCACUCUCAAACUCCAUCAUUACAGGUAGUGGUAUUAAUAAAAUAUUAUAC